CACGCCAUGGAGAAACCCUCAAAGGAUCGUCUCACUUUAUCUCCAGGUUGUAAAAUGGAAGAUGAGGACAUCACGGGAGAUUGUGGAGGAGAAAAGACAAUGAGCUCCACUAUGGAUGGAGGACUUCACAGUGUGGAUAGACCACGGAAUCCCUCCGACUCUAAGCAACCUCGUACUGUGAGGGGUGGGGCCAGAAUUCAGGGGAACAGGACAUUUUCUUGUCCUGAGUGCGGGAAACGUUAUCGACGGAAAUCAGACCUUCUCAUACAUCAAAAAAGUCACGCGGGAGGGAAGCCAUAUCCCUGCCCUGAGUGCGGGAAACGGUUUUCACAGGAGGCCUAUCUUGCUGUGCAUCGGAAGUGCCACACAGGAGAAAAUUUGUAUUCCUGCCCUGAGUGCGGGAAAUGUUAUCCAAGGAAAUCGGACCUCGUCAGACAUCGAAAACUUCACACGGGGGAGAAGCCGCAUUCCUGCCUAGACUGCGGGAAACGUUUUUCACAGAAGUCCAAUCUUUCCAGACAUCAGAGGUUGCACACGGGAGAGAAGCCGCAUUCCUGUCCUGAGUGCGGGAAAUGUUAUCCAUGGAAAUCAGACCUUCUCGUACAUCAAAAAAUUCACGUGGAGGGGAAGCCGUUUCCCUGCCCUGAGUGCGGGAAAUGCUUUUCACAGGAGUCCUAUCUUGCUGUACAUCAGAGGUGCCACACAGGAGAGAAUCUGUAUUCCUGCCCUGAGUGCGGGAAAUGUUAUCCAAGGAAAUCAGAUCUGGUCAGACAUCGAAAACUCCACACGGGGGAGAAGCCGUAUUCCUGCCCAGAGUGCGGGAAGGGUUUUUCACAGAAUUCGCAUCUUUCCAGACAUCUGAGGUUGCACACGGGAGAGAAGCCGCAUUCCUGCCCUGACUGCGGGAAAUGUUAUCCAUGGAAAUCAGACCUUCUCGUACAUCAAAAAAGUCACGUGGAGGGGAAGCCGUAUCCCUGCCCUGAGUGCGGGAAAUGCUUUUCACAGGAGUCCUAUCUUGCUGUACACCAGAGGUGCCACACAGGAGAGAAUCUGUAUUCCUGCCCUGAGUGUGGGAAAUGUUAUCCAAGGAAAUCAGACCUGGUCAGACAUCGAAAACUUCACACGGGAGAGAAGCCGUAUUCCUGCCUAGAUUGCGGGAAACGUUUUUCACAGAAGUCCCAUCUUGCCAGACAUCAGAGAUGUCACACGGGUGAGAAGCCGUAUUCUUGUGCCGAGUGCGGGAAAUGUUUUACAGAUAAGUCCAGUCUCUCCAAGCAUCAGCGAUCCCACACAACCCUCGAAGUGUAUUAGUGUCCCCAAUCCAGGAAAUAUCUUCUCUAGGAAUCAUACUUCAGAGGUCUCACAUACGGAAGAAGCAAACCUUGAUGCACACCGUGACUUUGAUAUUUAUGAUGUAAGAAACUCUUCAUCAGAAAAUUAAAGAUUACGAAGUUUA